AUGUAAACAUUGAUGGAGAAAGAGGAGAAAGCGAUACAGCCACGCUGGAGGCAUCUGAACAAGAAGAAUCAGACCGGGAGAGGAGCCACCUCACUACCGUAGGGAGACCUGCUUCCCUCCAUUCCCUUGACUUCCCUCCCUCCUCUUCCUCCUCGGAUCUGGACGAACCCACCUCACCAAGGUUGUCCAAACGGCGCCGAGUGGAGCCCAGCUGUGCCAAGCCUCGGCGAGCCAGGACGGCCUUUACAUACGAGCAGCUUGUGGCCUUGGAGAACAAGUUCAGGGCAACACGAUACCUGUCGGUGUGCGAGCGCCUCAAUCUAGCUCUGUCGCUCAGCCUGACGGAGACGCAGGUCAAAAUCUGGUUUCAGAACCGAAGGACAAAGUGGAAGAAACAAAAUCCUGGGAUUGAUGGCCUGGCCCAACCAGGAAACAACGGCGCUGUGACCCCGGCGGGAGGAAGUAGCAGUCCCAGCCCAGCAGGGCCCAGUUCCUUGGCCUAUCAGACUUUCCCACCUUAUGCCGCGGCCAAUCUUCUCUUUCCGACCGCAGCUUCCCUUCCCUUGGUGGCGGCCGCCGCCGCUGCAGCAGGAGGAGGGGCCUUCCCUUCCUUCCUUCGCCCUGCUUAUCUGACUCCGUUUUAUAACCCUCACCUCUAG